AUGUUAAUUUUUGGUAAAGCAUGCGGUGGCUCUCGGAAAAAAGGUCAACCUCGAAGAGACCUUGACCUCAAAAUUCUAAGCCAAAGAUACAGAUUUACUGACCCAGAACUUAUCCUUUAUAAGCAACGCUUUGAACGCAUUGCAAGAGGGCUAGGCUUCACUAUAGAAGAUUUUAGAGAAAACAUGGGACUCCUAGGUAUGAAAUCAACCCGUUUAAUAGCAGAUAGGAUUUUUGCAGUCAUGAACAAGUCAAAAUCAGGGAUUGUAACCCUUGAAGAAUAUUUAAGCUACACAAAUAUUUUAAUGAACGGAACAAAGCCAGAAAAAGCCCAUCAAAGCUUCAAAUUAAUAAAAAAUGCAGGAGAAGGAAAUAUUACUUACAGUGAAUUUUCAAGCUGAAUCAUUAAUGUUUGAAAAAUGUAUAAUACUUUGACAGGAAUUGAGGUUUCUGCAACACAAGAGGAUAUUCGGUAUUAUUUUGAUCUCCUGGAUUUAAAAAAAGAUAACGAAAUUGAUUUAGAAGAGUAUACUGAAUCAAUGGGAAAAAAUGAAAAUCUGUUUGAAUGGUUCGAUUUUGUAAAUAAAAGAAUUACUGAUAAGAUAAACCCACCUAAUGUUGACCAAAAAAGACUUGAAAAUAUGAGCUAUAAAGAAUCAAUAGAAAAUAUCGAAAAUGAUAUAAAAGACUGCCUGGGCAUAAUCAAUGGUUUAGAUAUUGAAAAACCAGAUAUCUCAAAAAUGAGAGCUUAUAGCCAAAGCGGUAUAAAUUUCCCGCUCAGAAAAGGAAGCACUUUUUCAAAUUAUUCCAGCCAAAAAUAUGAAAUCAAUGACAAUAGUACAUCAGAAACUGAUAUUAAUAUUGGCAAUGCAAAAGUUCCAAAAAUUUUAUUAUCAGAAUGCUCUGAUGAAGAAAAUGAUGAAAAUGAAAAAAAGCUGGAAAAACUGAAAGAAAAAUUGGUUAACUUAUUAGAAAAAUUAAAAAUAUUUAAAGAAAGCGACUUAUCAAGCACUCAUAGUAGAGUUAAAGAAGAAGAGCUAGCCUUAUCAAGUAUAGAAAUGAAAAAUGUGCAUAGGAAAGACUCAGCAAUUCACUGGGGGGAUCAUGAUUGAAAUUUAGUUCUGAAUAUGAUGCUUGGAAUACAAAAAGCAGUAAAAGCAUCAGCAGUAAAUUUAGAUCCAACUGCUGAUGUUACUAAAGAAGAAUUCAAAGAAAAAUCUAAACAUAAUCUUCUACCAGGAAAGGAAAAUCAAAACAGAAAAGUUUAUAAGUUCAGAGAUUAUGCCCCAAUGAUUUUUGAGCGAAUUAGAAGAUUUUAUGGAAUUUCUGCAAGUGAAUAUACAAAAUCAUUAGGUGUUGAAAAAAUAAUGCAAAGCCUAAUGGUUAAUGAAUUUUCCUCUUUAGAAGGUCAAUGCUCAUCAGGAAAAAGUGGAAGCUUUUUCUACUUCAGUGAUGAUGGGAAAUAUAUAUUAAAAACAUUGAAAAGAGAGGAAUAUUUAUUUUUAAGAAAAAUUUUGCCUGAUUAUUACUUUCAUGUCAUGAAGAAUCCCCACACUCUAAUCACCAGGUUCUUUGGUUUCCACAAAUUAAUAGUAAGUGUUGGACACAUGCUUUAUUUUGUAGUAAUGGGAAAUGUCUUCAAAUCAGGACACGAGCUCCAAGAAGUCUUUGACCUAAAAGGUUCCACAUAUGGAAGAUCUACCAAUCCAAAUGCAGAUAAAUCAGUAGCAAGAAAAGACUUAGAUUUUCUUCAAUUAAAUAAAAAAAUUAUCAUAGGAAAAGAUAGAAAAAGACUAUUAAUCCAGCAAAUAGAAAGAGAUUCAGAACUAAUGGUCAGUUUAAAUAUAAUUGAUUAUAGCUUGCUAUUAGGCAUUCAUGAAAUCCAAAAUAAUAGUGAAAUAAUAAACAAACUUGCUAAUCAUUCAGAUUUUAUCCCAUUUGUAGAAAGAGAUAAUGGUGGGAUUAUCAGUAGCGACGGAAAAACACUUUAUUUUAUGGGAAUUAUUGACAUAUUAACACAUUAUGGAAGCAAGAAAAAAGUUGAGCAUAUGCUAAAAGCAGCACUUCAUGACAAAAAUGCAGUUUCUUGUGCUCCACCAGGGUUUUAUGCACAGCGGUUUAUUACUUUUCUUGAUUCUUUGAUUGAGUAA